UUUCAUUCAAGUGGUGACCGAGGUUGUGGUAGGUGACGAGCAUCAUGGAAGCCAGUAAUACGUAUGUCUGCGACGACGAAAUUCGUUGGACAUGGGAGAAAAUGUUCGGGCACAGUCCUGGUGAAACCUCCACGCCAACUGCGACGGAAGGCGGUGAAUAUACGACAGAGGGAGACAUGCAAGGCCAUGAACACACGAAGGCGUCUGCGACGGAAGGAGUUGAACACACUCCCGCUGCCACGCUAGGCGAUGAACGCACGACGGAUGGGAAAGCAGUUGACGUUGAGCUAGAUGCAGGUGAACAAAAUAACAGAGAGGAAGAUAUUAAUGUGGUUGUUCCGGAAGUAGGCAUGAUAUUUGAUACCACAGACGCGGUGUUUGAGUUUUACAAAACAUAUGGAAGAAGUUUAGGAUUUCCGGUAAGAAAAAGAACAUCAACAAAGGAUAGAAAGAAGGGCGAGGUAGUGUCAAUUGUGA